AUCGCAUUGCCUCACACGACAGAGAGGCAAUCAAAAAUUUCGCCUCGAAUUUAUUGUAAUGCUAAUAGCUGACGAGUACGAAAUUUUUCAUGCCAUUCUGGUAGUCCUAACGACAGCCGGCCUGCUCUGUGUGCAUGUGUAGCGACGAAACACAAUACGGCAAGUGAAUUUUGUUUCCCGCUCGCGAGGAUCAAAAGGCGAAACUCGAAGCGCUUCUAAUAAAAUAUUAAAAGGGUUUUCGCAUGAAUUUCGGUCGGUUCGCGAAGCGAGCAACGGUGACACUAAUUUGAUAAAGUGAGUUUUAAAUUUUUAAACUACAGACAGACGGACGACGGAUAUGUUGGGAAAGUAAAGUUAUACAUGUAAAGAAUUCAAGUUGUCAAGAGAUAGAUUAUCAUAUAGCGGGAUUGUGAAAAUAUACAAGGGUAACGACCAGCCUGUGAACAUCGCUUUGGUUUCGCCAUUGCUGUUGGCAUUGCUGUUUUGUAGCUGAAAAUCUGGAAACUACCCAUGGAAUUUUUCGAAGGGAAUCGUUUUAAAAUUUCGUCAAAAUUCACGCAAAACUCGCGCCUAGACAAACGGGAAUAGGAGAAUAUACAGGCCGAAUAAAGGUUCGAUUAAAUGGCGCCUGCAAUGCAAAACAAAAUAUUCCAAGGUAUCAUCUUUGGCGUUUCUGGUCUUAUUUCGUUCGCAUUUUUGGUAGUGCUAUGCAAAUGGUGUCACAUGCUCCAAGCGCGACGCCGGCGAGAGCAGCAGAACAACAGUAAGGAUUAUCAAACAUACCAGGUCACCCAAGCAAUUCCUGGCCGUCAACUAUACGGGAGCGGGCAAUGUGUACAACCAGGACUCGCGGGAGACGUGGAGCUCGCGCGAGAGCUACGGGAUGGGGCCUUAGACUUCGAGUACACCCUGGAACCGAAUGUACCAUUAGGGAAAAUACAGUUAUCCAUUCUGUAUGAAAUUGAAGUUCGAAAAUUGAAUGUUUUGCUGCUUCAAGCCAAAGGUAUAGUUUGUCAAACUCAAAGAAACAGUGCAAACCUUUACGCAAAAGUCCUGCUCACGAAGGAUACCGAAGGCACAAAGUUAACGAGCGACCGGUGUACGAAGAUUCAACGGAUGUCGCCCGAACCUCAGUUUCAUGAGGAAUUUUCCUUCUGUGUUAACGAAAGAGAGAUCGGAUAUGCAACGAUACAGGUUUGUCUUUAUGAAAUUGAUGCAUUCUCGAAAAGCCACGAACUUGGUCAGAUCCAAAUUGACAUGAAAGACGUGGACAUAACGCAGAGGAUGACGGGAUGGUUUGAUUUGUACGAAGAAGAGGAAGAGAAGCGACCAACCUCUGGAGAUCUUUUGUUAUCAUUAAAUUACUUCCCAACCGCUGGUCGAUUGACAGUCGUUAUCAUGAGGGCACGUGAUCUGAAAAUUGAACACAAAACUGGAGCUUGGGGCGUAUUUGUCAAAGUUAUUUUCUUAUACAAUCAAAAACGAGUCAGCAAGAAAAAGACAGUGGUCGUUCGUAAAACAGAGAACCCGAUUUACAACGAAGCAUUCGUUUUCAAAGUCCCUAAGCAGGCAAUGGCUUACACCUCAUUUAAAAUACUGGUUGUCAACAGGACAUCGUAUGGACGAGACGAGGCACUUGGGGAUAUUACAAUAGGUCCCCAGGAGUACAAAGAUGGCCUCUUACAUUGGAAUAAAAUGUUAAUGGAGUUGCGCAAGCCGGUGGCAAUGUGGCAUCCUAUAAUAAUGAAUUGAAGUGAAGAAGCUAUUCCAGAUCAUUCACUGACUGAUUUUAAGGCUAUGUGUACGUUGAAACCUUGCAAUUACCUCUUUAAAACAAUAUUUCAAACUUCCAGAUACAAACUGCGACUGAGCUUUAUGGCCGAACAAAUUCAACAAACUUCAUUCAAUUUAAAAUUACGCAAUGCUGGCCAUUGCUUAAAUGUGUAUACGUCUUGUUAUAUAUUGUUAAAUUUUCAAUAAUUGUAUCAAUUUCAAAUGAUUGCAUGUUGCAUCUCGUUAC